CUCUUCCACCUCUUGCCCACAGCAGGUGAAAAAAACCCCAGUGCUCUGGCUGAUUUUCACUGUAAGAAAGCAUUCAGAAGGAUUUUUGGAGGAAAUAGGUGCACUGCUUGCAGCAGGUUUUAAACCAAGCAGGUGCACAGCUCUAAGUUUUAAUGUCUGGAGUUGUAACAAGCUCAAGUUACUCGACCAGAAAAGCAAACCUCAAACCCCAGGAACCUCAGGGAGGGCUUUCAGGCAGGAAGCUCUCAGCAAAAAGGUAUUUGGCUCUUUUUCAGGAGCUGGGGAUUUUCUCAGCCUCUGGCUCGUGCACCUUUGUACAGUCAGGCGUGCACUGCAGGGGAGAGGUGCUCCUGCUGUCACUCGGCGGUGUCACACAUGCGCAGGGCUCCGAGCAGCCGGGAGCUCAGAGCCCAGGGAAGGCAGGACAGGAGCUCUGCUUUGCUCUGUCACUGAGCAACAAAUCCAACCUGGCCUGGCAAGAAAGAAUUCAGCCAAAAGGUGAUUCACCUGCACACAGGAGCAGCUGCCUGCUCUCGCAGCCCAGCCUGCAGAGUCAUUCAUGAAGGGAUUUCUGAUCGUCCUGGCUGCAGCUUCAGUGGUCGGUAUUGUGACUACAGAGAGAUCAUCAUGUCUGAAACGUGCAGCAUUUUCUUCCACAAACUUUGAGAACAUCCUGACGUGGGAAACGGAGGCAGAUAUUCCCCCUGGCACUGUGUUUGAUGUCCAGUACAAACAGUAUGGGGAGAAAUCCUGGCUCACCAAGCACGAGUGCCAGAGCAUCACCCAGCUCUUCUGCAACCUGAGCAGGGAGACAGAGAACUUCACGGAGCACUUCUACGGGCGGGUGCGGGCGCGGGGCUGCUCCCCCGGCUGGGUGCGCUCCGAGCGCUUCGAGCCCCGCAAGGAGACCAUCAUAGGGGCCCCCACAGUGGAACACGUUCCCCACGUCCGCUCCAUCAAGUUCCUGAUCCGGCCCCCCCUGACCCCGCUGCGGGGGGAGGACGAGCAGCAGCUCACCGUGGAGGACAUUUACAGCAAAUUCGGGGCUGUGGAUUAUCACCUGACAAUAUUCAACCAGAGGACGCAGCAGCAGUGGACAAAGAAUGAGCACAACAAAGAAUUUGAAGUUUCCAACUUGGACCCAGACACUGAAUACAACGGGACAGUUUAUAUCUGUCUGCUCCAGAGAAGGAGCAAACCUCAGGUGUUUUGGGUCAGAACACUGGCAGACAAGACGUGGAUUCUCUACUGCCUGGUGGCCCUGGCCUUCUGUGCUGGGCUGCUUUUUGCUGCCACUGCUUACGUGACCUACAAAUACAUCAAACAGCGCAGUGCCCAGCCCAGGGCCCUGGACUUCAGAGGGAUUCCAUCGUUCCAGCCCCUCACACUGACAGUGGAGCACAUCAUAAAGCCCCUCAGCUUUUCCAAACCUUCCCCUUUCAUCCCCGAAGUGCAGCUGGCCCAGAUGAGCCAACAUUUGGACUGGGCCCUGGAGCCACCACGGCCUUCCUGUCCCUACCAGCGGCAGGUGGAUGUUCCAGCACUGCAGCUGCCCCCUCAGCCCUGCCGGGUGGAAAUGCCAGCUCCCAUCACCGCUUACACUCCUCAGAGAGCUGAGCAGAGCACUGCUGCUGCCCCAGGCAGCUCCAGCCUGGCCCUGACCUACGGGCUGUGCGUGGAGGGCACGGACACGAGCUCACAGCCCGAGCAAAGGCUGAAGGAAUCUUCUCCAGAUCGUUCUGAGGACGGAGAGCUCCGAACCCAAGGGCUGGGAAAGAGCUGCAGCCGCUGGGAGUACAAAGAGCAGCAGCCAAAGGAGGCCCUGUGGAAGAGCAGGGACAGACUGGAGUCAGUCGUGAUCCAGGGGAGCCCUGGGCAGACGCAGCUGCUGCUGCACGGUGAGGGGCUGGAGGAUGCAGAGCGUGUGUCCCAGCUGUCCCUGUCCUUGCUGGAACAGGGAGGAUGCUACAGACAGCAGGCAGCCCUGCCCCUGCUGCCGCCCGCAGGGAAAGCCGCCCCGGGCUGCGCUGCGGAGGAGGAACUGCUGGCAGCUCUGCCUGCAGCCCUGCUGCUCUCGGUCCGGACUGGGGGUGACCUCCCUGCAGAGAGCCACGGGGAGCACUGGGGGCUGCCAGAGCCCUUCCCACCCCCUGCGCGCACAGAGCAGCUCCCGGGCGCUGCAGCCGUGGAAAUGUUCCCCGCAGCAAAGGGGCUGGGCUGCACAGAGCUCAGCGUGUCCCCUGCCGGCAGCCCGGGCCGGGCCAGGGGCACUCCUCUCGCCAUGCUCUUCAAAGAUUUGGACCUGAAAGUGCAGUGGGAUGAGGAGAGCACAGAAUGUUAUUAGGAGGACUUAAUGGUAUUUAAAGCCAGAUGACGUUUUCUUGUGUGGACAGAAGCAAUGCAAAACCCCAGCUGGUGCUGGCUGUGCUAACAGAGCUCGGGGCUGUCACACUGCUCCAUUGUGCAGUUUGGUGCCUUUAGGGACAGAAUUGCUCCUUGUUACACUGCCACGCUGUACCUCUGCCCUUAAACAACAGGUCUUUCUUUCUCGCAUAUUCCCAAAUUUAUUAUGAAUUGGAUUACUUUACAAGAUCAGUGAAGAUUCAGUUUCCAAUCCCAGAUUCAGUUUACUGAAAAUUGGGCAAAAUUCACAAACUGUAUGUGCUCUUUGCCAACACCUGAGACAGAGGGCUAAGAUGUAACUCCCUUUGGAGAAAUUCAGGUCUGCAAACCUAGAAGGAUUUCAUGUACCACGGUACAGUAAAAGAAGUAAACAGUUUCUGGCAUUCUGCCCUUGGAUAAAUGACUUGGAAAAGAAUAUUCCACUUUCCUGGAAUGGACUUUGCCUUUAAAGGACUCAUUGAAACUGGGUAACAGCUCCUGAUGCAGCAGUUCUGUGAAGUGUGUCCCUGUCCCCUGUGGUUUUUAAUACUUGUACAAAGAUAAAGCCUUUUUUAAUACCUGUACAAAGAUAAAGCCUUUUUCAUCUCAGCAACAGAUAAAUGCAGCCUUGGCCCAGUUCUGAGCUUUCUCAGCUGCUGCUCCUUCUGUCUCUGCAGUAGUCACACAUCCUCUUCCUCCCCUGAGGUCCCCAGGGAUGAAGCACCCGGGAUCACAGUCCAGGCAGGCAGGGAUGUGGGGACUGCAGCACUCCCCGUUCAACCCUCAGUCUCAGUUUAUCCCAAUCCCAAUCCACGCAUCAGUAAUCCCCACAGGAGACCAGGGAGGGCUGGAGCUCUCCCUCCCACCCCUCCCUGCCCGUGAGGAGCCUGCUCCCUGUUCCUGGCACAUACCCCCGAGCUGCCAUGACCCUUUUUUGGGAGUCCAAAUCCUUGGAGCACUUGGACCUCCACCAAAAGGAAGCUAAAUUCUAAUUCAGGGGCCAGAGGAGGUGAUUGUUUUUCAUUCAGAGGAAAGCACAGUUCAGCCUGUUCAUUUCCACUGCUGUGGUUAUUAAAUGUGUCUGAGGACAUUGGUUUUAGAGAAGUGAAAGCAUUUACAGGAAUAAGCAAGGUUUGACUGGUAUGGGGAAGUAUUUACUGCACGAGACCAAUCUGACCAGAGCUAAAACUCA